GCAAAUUGGCAGCAACACAAUGGCGCACACGCUUUGGCCGUCCUUCACAAGUGCCACGCCUUGGCGAUGUUGAUCCCACAGGUCGAUUUUGUGCCUUCCCCGAGGAAUGGCUCAAACAAAGAGCGGCGGCUAAAGCGCCACCGCCCACCAUGGCAGAUUUGCGUCGAAUCUUCGUAGUGAAUGCUGUGCCAUUCAUCGCUUUUGGCUUUCUGGACAACUUUGUGAUGAUAGUUGCGGUAAAAAUUUUAGGGAUAUACAUACGCUUAAAAAUCACAACAAUGAAUCUUAAACCGAAUUUUCGAAAUUUCUGCGAAAAAUAUAGUGCUUAACAUAAUUAUAGGACAUCCACUUAAUUAUUGACAAGUUUAAACUAUUUAUUGUUUAUUAUUUAAUUUUAAUUAUUUUUUUUAUAAAAAUGCAUAUAGUUUAGUCUAUACCAAAAACCAUGCACACUAAGUUUUAAACUUUGCACAA